AUGAGGAAGGAGGAACUGCCGAAACCCGAGUUCCCAGAAGAGUUCCAUGCAAGGUGCGCUGCAUGCGAUGGACACUCCUCCUGCUCACUUGUUCCGACCUGCAGCGUCGAGGAGGCGAAGGAGAAUGUGGAGAAGGACUUCUACGUCUACCUCAACGUCUCUCCGGACUGUGGAGAGGAUGAGAUCAAGGCUGCUUACAAGCGAUUGGCUAUGAUCUGGCACCCUGACAGGCACAAGGACGAGGAUUCGCGGGCGAUAGCUACGGCAAAGUUCGCCAAGUUGACGCACAUUCACGACACGCUGACCGACCCCAAGAAGAGAAAACUCUAUGAUCUUUACGGGGAGAACGGGCUGACCUCAGGGCUGGAAGUAGGGGCGCACCUGAAGACAGCAGAGCAAGUGAGGGAGGAAUACAUGAGGCUGCUGGCCAAGAAGAAUCAAAAGAGGAUCGAGAGCAAACUCGGCGUCACGGGAGUCCUGCAAGCUAACCUGCAGCUGAAAGACUACCUCGGGUCUGCCACCUCCUCGUCCUCGUCUUUGUCCUCGUCCUUGCUCUUGCUCUUGUCCUUGUCCAUGUCCUUGUCCUCGUCCUCGUCCUUGUUCCAGUCUCAUUCUCAAUUGUCCACGUCAUGCUUUCACCCUUGUCUUCCCUCCCUUUGUCUACUUCCUUCGCUCCUUCUUCCUGCUCCUACUCUCAACCUUUCUUCACGGACGGGAGCUCCCACAAGCUGGUAA